UUUUGGACAGGUAUUAGUGGUGGUGAUAGAGGAUUGACAGAUGCCAUACACUCACUCUCUCUUGUGUUUGGAUGUGGUUUAUAAGUGUGAGCACAAGUAGUCGUGCCAUCAGAUUGCAAACCUAACAUCACAUCUCAUAUGAUAGCCCUUCGCAUCAAUUGAUUCACAAGUGAUGACAACACACGAGUCGAUAUUGCAGACACUCGUGUCAACACAUUGUCUGUAUUAGUGGUUUAGUGGUGAAGAGAACACAACCCAACACCUGAUACCACCUGUAAGUGGUCUGUAAGACAACCAUUUAUUAUGAAACACAAAAUAUUAGUGAAUAAAAUGACUGCUUAUGUCGGGUUUGAGUUUGAGUUUAUACAAUCACUUAUUCGGUCGGAUCUAAGGAAUAAAGUAACUGCUCGGUAUCUGAAGAAAGUGGCAAAACUGGAAUCUUGCAAAGGAGGCGAUACUUCAAUUCAUCCGCACCAUUCAAAUACAUCACUUCCCAUAGAAGAAUACACACAAACAAUUACAACCACAACCACUGCCACUACACCCACCACUACCUGUCCAACAAUUGCAUCCGCUCUCUGGAGACCUCUGUGGCCGCCAGGAAUCACUUUCGCCUUCCACCUUGACCAAACACGUUGGCACCCCCGGGGCUCCACAAAGACUUACCGCUCAAACAUUAAUCUCCCGGUAAUCAAAAUGUCCGGAACCGGUGGUGAAGCCGAACAAAACGAUUCGUCAACUGUUGAGUACUUUGUAAACGAAGAGUUGGAACAAAUGGAGGACUGGUUGGACGAACACCCGGUCUUUGUUGAGGACUACUUUGUGAGGAAGGCUUCGCGUUCUCUAAUCGAUAAUUGGCUUUUAGCACAUUCAGCGCCCGUCAGCGCCGUGCAAUUUAGAAUCUACGCAAUGGGUCGGUCAGUUAAUUUUGUCUAUGGCCAUUUCGUUAUAACCUUUAAGCUAUAA